CAGCAAAAUAUAAGUUUCUUAAUUGACUGAAUAAGAUGUCAAUAAUUAGAAAAUCAAGUGUGUUUAUGCGUCUGUUCUUGAACAGUAUCAGUAAAGCCAUGUUACUCGUGAAUUUAUUUAUUAUCAAGGUAUCCCCUACUUCACAUACAUAGGCGAAACGAAACCAAUAAUCAUAAAGUGAUGGAACACGCAAAUUGUAUUAAUAAAAAUAUUAUAAAAUCACAAUAUGAGUAUUAACGUAUUAUACGCUACAUAAUAUGAAUGCGUAUCACACCGCAGUACUCGUUUAAACUUCCACGUGGGCAACGGCUGCAAUUUUUUCCGAAAAGUGUUUGAACCAACAACUGCAAUCGUUAUACAAGUCGAUCAAGAUGUCUUUUCUGACCGAUUGGUUAUUUGAAAAUGUCACCUAUCUGAGUUUGAUCGCCGUUUUCACGAGCUUCUAUUAUUAUUCGACUUCGACAUACGGUAAAUGGCAAAAAUUAAACAUACCAUACAUGCCACCCGUACCUCUGUUUGGCAACACGCUCAAAAUUAUGUUGAAACUCGAGCAACAAGUUGAAUUGUUCGACAGAAUUUACAAUCGGUUCCCGGACGUCAAACUGUUUGGGUUCUACCAGAUGAGGGAACCUAUGCUAUUGGUCUGCGAUCCGGAGCUAAUACAAACGAUACUCAUCAAGGACUUCUCGUACUUCACCGAUCACGGUUUUAUCAUCGACCCAUCCACAUCUGUGCUAGGCAACAGUCUGUUCUUCGCCAACGGGCAAAGAUGGCGGACGAUGCGCCAGAAGCUGAGCCCAGGAUUUACGUCUGGUAAGUUAAAAGACGCGUAUUCCCAAAUCAACGAGUGCAGUGAAGAGAUGGUGUCUAGAAUUGUUGAUAUGAUCGAGAAAAAGACAGAUAAAAUCAACGUGAAAACUAUGACCAGUGGUUUAUCCACAGACGUGAUCGGCACGUGCGCGUUCGGCAUGAAGCUGGACACGAUCAAGAACGACGAUUCUGAAUUCCGACGGUACGCUAAAAAAAUUUUCCAGAGAACCACCAAACAAAUUAUUGUCCAGACGAUAACCAUGAUCUGCCCAUUCAUAAUCAAGCUGUUCAAAAUGCAAAUGUUUCCUGUGGAUUCUAUCAAUUUUUUCCAUAAAGUUUUCACCGACGUCAUCAACUACCGAGAAAAGCACAACGUUAUCCGGAACGAUUUGACACAGACCCUGAUACAAGCGCGUAAAGAAUUGGUGUUGAAGGAAAACUUAACCUCUGAAGAUAAAUACACCGAUGCUGAUAUCAUCGGUAACGCAAUUCUCUUAUUCACCUCUGGUUCGGAAUCCAUUCCAUCUAUGUUAUCUUUUUGCCUGUACGAAUUGGCGCUAAACAAAGAAAUCCAAGACAAAUUACGUACGGAGAUAUGCUCGAUGAAAGCAAAACACGAAGGACAGUUCAACAACGAUUACUUGAAGGACCUCCGUUACACCGAUAUGGUAAUUGAAGAAACCGGACGCAAAUACUCCCUUGCACAAGUUUUAAUGAGAGUGGCCACAAAAACGUACACUCUACCAGAUCAAUCAUUUGUCAUUGAAAAGGGCCAAAAACUUAUUAUUCCAAUCUUUAGUAUACAUCGUGACCCAAAAUAUUAUCCAGAUCCUUUGAGAUUUGAUCCGGAAAGGUUUUCUGCGGAACAAAAAUCUCAACGACCAAAUGGCGUUUAUUUACCGUUUGGCGAUGGACCUCGAUUUUGCAUAGCCAAACGAUUCGUCGAAUCAGAACUGAAAUUGGUCCUGUCAAAUGUAUUAUCAAAAUUUGAAGUAUUACCGUGUGCAGAAACAGAAAUCCCCCUAGAAAUAACAAGUGAACCAGGAUUAAUGGCACCAAAAAAAGACGUUGUGUUAAUAUUUAGACCUAUCAUAGAACAUGCCAAUAACUGCAGCUGUCGUAACAAGUCAUUCAUGAUGUUAUUUCUGCCUGACUGGUUCCUCGACAACUUCACAUUUCUGAGUUUGAUCGCCGUUUUCGUGAGCUUCUACUAUUAUUCGACAUCGACGUACGGUAAAUGGCAGAAAUUGAACAUUCCGUACUUACCACCAGUGCCACUGUUUGGCAACACGUUCAGAAUGAUGUUGAACCUCGAACAUCCAAUUGACACGUUUGAAAGGUUCUACUACAGUUUUCCAGACGCAAAAGUCUUCGGAUUCUACCAGAUGAGGGAGCCGAUGCUGUUAGUCCGUGACCCGGAGCUCAUCAACAGGAUACUGGUAAACGAUUUUUCAUACUUCACCGAUCAUGGUAUGGACAUGGACCCGUCCUCGACUGUGGUAGAAUUAGUGGUUGACCCCACCUCCGAAGAUAAGUUUACCGACGCCGAUAUCAUGGGUAACGCUAUUCUCUUGUUCGCUGCUGGUUCGGCGACCGUUUCGUCUUCACUAACUUUUUGCCUGUACGAAUUGGCACUGAACAAAGAAAUCCAAGACAAAGUACGUGCAGAGAUAUUGUCAAUGAAAGCAAAACACGAUGGACAGUUAAACAACGAUUAUUUGAUGGACCUCGCGCGUUACACCACCAUGGUAUUGGAAGAGACCGGACGAAAGUACUCCAUCGCAUUAAGCAUUAUAAGAGUGGCAACGAAAUCUUACACUUCACCUGACAAAUUAUUUGCUAUUGAAAAGGGGCAAAAAAUCGUUAUACCAAUAUUCAGCAUACAUCGUGACCCAAAAUACUAUCCAGAUCCGUUGAGAUUUGAUCCGAAAAGAUUUUCUACGGAACAAAAAUCUCAACGACCAAAUGGCACUUACAUACCGUUUGGCGACGGACCUCGAAUUUGCAUAGGCAAACGUUUUGCUGAAUCAGAAAUGAAGUUGGUCCUGUCAAAUUUACUGUCAAAAUUCGAAGUACUUCCAUGUGAACAAACAGAAAUCCCAAUUGACAUAAGAAGUGGACCAGGUCUAAUUACUCCAAAAAAUAGCCUUGUAUUAAAAUUUAGACCAAUCAUUGAGCAUUAAUUAUAAAUUAUUUAUAAUCCGAAUAAAUAUUAUAUGCAUAUUGCAUAUAACAUUUAAUUCCAUAUGAAUAUGAGUGUUAGUGUAACGUGAUUAUAAACAUGACUUAUGCAAACCCGACAUGUUGCAGACAAAAUAUAAUCAUUUUUCAAUUUGAA